CUUUGGGGGAUAUGGAGUUACUGUGACGGGAGGGGGAGCGGACUUCACUCAGGCUGGGGCGCCAGGUGCGGCUUCGACAUGCUCCAGCUUGAGAGAGUCUGCAUGCCAUGGUCUUAACCUAGGAGUUUGUGGGAACUACGAAGGCGGGGCUGACGGAGCAGGGUCAAGACGGACUUCGAGCCUUCACGAUCUCGUCGUUGGUGUGGCUGUGGGCGUUGCUGGAUUCUUUAUAUGAGGAAGCAGCUAGCAUGGACAUGGAUAUGGCUCUGGAUGAAAGAAAACUUUGCAUGGAAUUUGUACAUGAUGAUGUCUUUGAUGGAUAUAUGGAAUGACUACAUGAGUAAUGUCCUAUACUGGAACUGUAUGUUUAGUUUGUAUCUACUGGUUUUGAUCUCAAAAUCAAAAUUAUACUAUGGUCGGCUUGGCAAUGUCAGACCCGACCUUCAAUCUCUCGCAGUCGCGGACGCCCAGGAUACUCGAGAAAGUGAAAACCGACGAAAGGACUCGAGAAAUGUCACCGACAAUUGCUCAUGCACACCGCUUGAUCGCCGUAACCCAAAAGCCUGCAGGACAAAGAGCGGGACUGACAGGCUGUCCCUGCAGUCUCCAGAGGAAGCAACCAGUCAAAGAGACAGUGGGCCAACAAAGCCGGUGGAGUGCCCGAAGCCUGAUUAGCGACUAAUCAGCGAGUGCCCAUCAAUCAGUACCUGAUCGCGAGGCUUCCAG